AAUCUAAAAUAAUCAAAAUAUCUAGGUGCAUUCAAAUCAAUUGUAUAAUAAAACGUUAUUAAAUAAUCACGAUGGCUGAUAAACAAUUGUUGUCUAAACUAGCAGAUAUACCACUAGCAAAACCGGGAUUCGACGCUCUGAACAUGUCAGCACCUUUCAUCGUCCAGAUGAACAGUGAGGGAAAAUGGGAAAAUAAGAAACCCGAAAAUAUGGAUGAAGAUCGACUUAAAGCUAUUGUUCAACACUUAGUUAAUUCCAAGGCGAUAUCUGCAGCACAAAGUUACUGCUGUCAAUGUGCUGCUGAAAAUAAGAUGCCAAAAAUGCAACCCCAAUAUGUGCCAGUGGUUGUGAUGCCAAUUUAUACGAGUGACCAAUGUCCUUUUGAUAUGGAAGGCGAAAUACAGAAAAUAUCAGAUGCAGAAAAGCAAAAAACAAAACCUACAAAAAAAGCAAAAGCCGCAGAAGUAAAAGAAGAUAAAGAAAAAGAACGCUCUGCGAAACCAAAGAAGCGAGGCUUUGUCAUGCAGAGGCUUACAGACUUUGAUUUAUUGUCGCAAUGGUGAAAAAAGUAUUAAGAAAAAUGUAAAAGUUUUGUAAACUAUUGUUUUAAAUGGUAUGUAAUAAAUUAAACUCGAUAAAUGUAUUGA